UCCAAAAGUCAUAGCCAAGGAAGGCUCAGCUUUGUGCCACAGAGGGGCAACGCAAGCCCUUUACACUUGAAACAGGUGUUAUGAGAGGUUGCACUGAUGUGGAAUAGAAUUUGGGAGGGCCGUACUUGAGAUAGGGUCGCCGAGGUGUGCCAGGGUGCCCUGACUCUGUGCCCAAAACCCUCCUUCAGCUGUUGCCCACAUAACUGAGCAGCAGUAUCUCUGCUGCUGUAACCAGGAGCCACAGCAACCAAGAGUCACUUCGUGUUCCUCUCGCUGUGCUGGCCUUACAGCCAGCCUAACUUCGGCCUGACGGUGUAUUGCGUCUUGCUAAUUGAGACCAGGUUACACUGGCAAAGGAACCUGUUUACUGCUCCUGCUGGAGGCUUGAGCCAGAGGGGAACAUCAGUGCAGCUGAGAGCCCUGCAUCAGACACUGCUUCCUGGCGUGCCCACGAGUAGGUGCCGUAGUGGCUUUAGGCACGGAUUUGGCAGAAGUAUGGAGUCAGGCGUGGGGUACGUAAUAGCUGCUGCUGUUGCCAGAAGCAGUAGGAGGGAUGCAGGCCCGUGAGCUUCACUUGUGCUGACAAGCCAGUAGAGCUUAUACCUGUGCAGAAGUAACUGCUGCUCCAGGCACCAGCCUGAGGCAUAUUUCCAUGGCCCAGCCGGGCAGAGAAUAUGAAACAUUCGUGUUCAAGAGUAAGCUCAAAAAGGAGGCAACAUUACUUGUGGCAUCAAAAGGGAACCCUUGCUCCUACACUGAAUCUGAGUAACAGCUGUGCUUGUGCAUAUCUUUGGAUUUACUUUUUGUUAGUGGUGUAGGAAAGGCUUUAUCUUUUUUCAAACAGGGCUCAGCCAGCUAUGGAUGCUUGCUUGGUGUGUCUUUGGCCAUGUUUGCUCCCCUCCUGCCCUCCUCCCUCUCACAGAUUCAGUCUCUUAUUCUGUCCUGUUUUCUUCUUGGCCAGUGUGUUUUGCUGCUUCUACACCUUCAUUCUCUCUGUAGGUUAGGUCAGGUUCUUUGUGUUGCUUUGCCUCUCACUGGGGCGUUAGGAGAAAUCUCUGCUAGGGGAGAGCUCACUACCCAGGGCUGGGUAUUUCAUACUUGAAAAUAUAGGUAUGGAGGUACACCGUGUGGAAUGGAAAUCUAAUUCUGCAUUCCUGAGCUGUCGUGAAUAUGAGCUCCUGGCUAUUGAAUUUGUUUUGUGUAGCAUAAAGAUGAAAAAAUGCACUGAAACUGGUGGAAAUCACUCUUUGGACUUGAGCGAGUUAUGUCCCUGACAUAUCAGCUUCACGCUGGAGUGAUUUAUACAAACUACUUAGGCGUAAAAUUAGGCUUCUGCUAUAUGCAGAACUUCCUUUAACAAACCCAAAAUAUGAAUCUUUCUUAAAAUCUUACGCAGCAGAAGGUCAAAGGAUCUUUCAAGGUGUUUGUUAUCUCCGAGGUUUAAAACAUGGCAGAAGAUGGCAAUGAUGAGACUAUGUUUAUUUGGUGUGAAGACUGUGGGCAGUACCAUGAUUCAGAGUGUCCUGAACUGGGCCCAGUGGUGACAGUAAAAGAUUCCUUUGUAUUGAGCAGGGCCAGAUCAUCUCUGCCGUCCAAUUUGGAGAUAAGACAAUUGGCAGAUGGGUCUGAAGGAGUAUUUGCCCUGACUCAGCUAGUGAAACGUACCCAGUUUGGCCCAUUUGAAUCCAAGAGAGUUGCCAAACUGGAGAAAGAAUCAGUUUUUCCGCUGAAGGUGUUCCAGAAGGAUGGGCCCCUUGUAUAUUUUGAUACCUCAAACGAAGAUGAUUGCAACUGGAUGAUGAUGGUGCGACCAGCCACCGAAUAUGAACACCAAAACUUAACUGCCUUCCAGCAUGACAAUGAUAUUUACUUCACCACCUCCCGGGACAUUCCGCCAGGAACUGAGCUGCGAGUGUGGUAUGCAGCUUUUUACGCCAAAAAAAUGGAAAAGCCAGUGCUGAAGCAGGUCACUAGUGUUGCCAAUGAUACGUGCUUGGUAGUGAUGGAAUAUGAUAAAGAAGGGAAUAAAAUCUCUUCAAAGCCUUCAUCUGCCAUCUUCCCUCAUAAAAAAGCGAAGAAAUCCAGCAUACCAGUAGCUGAUACAGCAGUGAACACUCCAGAAGGUGGUGGAGCUGCAGAAGCAGAGUCCAGCCAGUGGACGUGUAAAGUGUGUUCAUCUGCUUUCCAGGAGCCUCAGCUGCUGACAGAGCACUUGCUGAGUCACCUGGAACAAGCCAAAGGUGCCCCCCAAACAAGCCAAAAUGAGGUUGCUCCAGAGAAAGCAACAGAGGCUCCCCCUGUGGAUCAGCCUGCGAUUUGUGAUAAAGCUAGUAGUGCCAGUGCAGACUCAAGAAGGAAGGCCAGACGGGGAAGAAAGCCAAAAACAGCAAAAGCAGAAACACCCCUUGUCAUUGUUGAAGAGAAAGAUCCUGCAGUGGAACGUGUAGCUGAAAUUGUAACUGAAGUCCCACCUGAUGAGGUAGCUCUGCCUUCAGCUGCGGAGGAGAGAAUUAUGGAAUUGGUUUUAGGAAAGAUGCCUAGCAGCACAAAUAACAUCAGUUCAGUGACAAAUAGGUUUGCUCAUCACCAAAACACCAUGUCCCUCAAAAGAAGUUUAAUUCUCUCCAGUAGACACGGUAUACGGCGGAAGCUGAUAAAACAACUUGGGGAGCACAAACGCGUCUAUCAGUGCAGUAUCUGCAGUAAGAUCUUCCAGAACAGCAGCAACCUCAGCAGGCACAUCCGUUCUCAUGGUGACAAACUAUUUAAAUGUGAGGAAUGCGCAAAGCUGUUCAGCCGUAAAGAGAGCUUGAAGCAGCAUGUUUCAUACAAGCACAGCAGAAAUGAAGUUGACAGUGAGUACAGAUACAAGUGCACCACGUGUGAAAAGGCCUUUCGGAUAGAGAGUGCAUUGGAAUUCCAUAACUGCAGGACAGAUGACAAGACAUUCCAGUGUGAGAUGUGUUUCAGAUUCUUUUCUACAAACAGUAAUCUCUCAAAACACAAGAAAAAGCAUGGAGAUAAGAAGUUUGCAUGUGAAAUCUGCAAUAAGAUGUUCUACCGGAAGGAUGUCAUGCUGGACCAUCAACGACGACACUUGGAAGGGGUGAGGCGUGUGAAAAGAGAAGACUUUGAGCACAGCACGGAAAACAUGGUUCGCUACAAGAAGGAGCCUUCAGGAUGCCCUGUGUGUGGGAAGGUGUUUUCAUGUAGGAGCAAUAUGAAUAAACACCUUUUAACACAUGGAGACAAGAAAUACACCUGUGAAAUAUGUGGACGUAAAUUCUUCAGGGUGGAUGUGCUGAGAGAUCAUAUUCAUGUUCAUUUUAAGGACAUAGCACUAAUGGAUGAUCACCAGAGGGAAGAGUUCAUUGGUAAAAUUGGAAUCUCAUCAGAGGAAAAUGAUGACAACUCUGAUGAAAGUGCAGAUUCUGAGCCUCACAAGUAUAGCUGCAAAAGGUGCCAGUUAACUUUCGGCAGAGGUAAAGAGUAUCUGAAGCACAUAAUGGACGUGCACAAGGAGAAAGGCUAUGGCUGUAGCAUUUGUAAUCGACGUUUUGCCUUGAAGGCAACUUACCAUGCUCACAUGGUCAUUCAUCGGGAGAACCUGCCAGAUCCUAACGUGCAAAAAUAUAUCCAUCCAUGUGAAAUCUGUGGAAGAAUAUUUAACAGUAUAGGGAAUCUGGAAAGACAUAAGCUUAUACACACAGGUGUAAAAAGUCACGCUUGUGAACAGUGUGGCAAAUCAUUUGCUAGAAAAGACAUGUUAAAAGAACACAUGCGAGUCCAUGAUAAUAUCAGAGAAUACUUGUGUGCAGAAUGUGGCAAAGGAAUGAAGACAAAACAUGCACUUCGGCACCACAUGAAACUUCACAAAGGGAUUAAGGAGUAUGAAUGCAAGGAAUGUCACCGAAAAUUUGCACAGAAAGUGAACAUGCUGAAGCAUUACAAAAGACACACAGGAAUCAAAGAUUUCAUGUGUGAACUCUGUGGGAAGACAUUCAGUGAGAGAAACACAAUGGAGACUCAUAAGCUGAUUCAUACAGUAGGAAAACAGUGGACAUGUUCAGUUUGUGAUAAGAAGUAUGUCACUGACUACAUGCUCCAGAAGCACAUCCAACUCACUCAUGAUAAGGUGGAAGCCCAGAGCUGUCAGCUGUGUGGGACAAAGGUUUCUACCAGAGCGUCCAUGAGUCGACAUAUGAGGCGUAAACAUCCAGAGGUUCUUUCAGUGAGGAUUGAUGAUUUAGAGCAGCUGCCGGAAACUACCACCAUUGAUGCCUCCUCGAUUGGGAUCGUUCAGCCGGAAUUAGCCUUGGAACAGGGAGAGUUACCAGAAGGUAAGCAGCAUAUGAAAGCUCCUAAACGUGGCCAGAAACGAAAGCAAAAGCCGGGUGAGGAGGAGGAAGCUCAAGUGCCUGAGGACCCUGCCUUCAGUGAAUACACAGAGAAGGAAGCUGAAUUCACAGGAAACGUUGGAGAUGAGACUAAUUCAGCAGUACAGAGCAUUCAACAGGUGGUGGUGACCCUCGGCGAUCCAAACGUCACAGCCCCUUCCAGUUCUGUUGGGCUGACAAAUAUCACUGUUACCCCCAUUACUACGGCAGCUGGAACUCAAUUCACAAACCUGCAGCCUGUGGCUGUGGGCCACCUGACUGCACCUGAACGCCAGUUACAGCUGGACAACUCAAUUCUCACUGUGACGUUUGACACGGUCAGUGGUUCUGCCAUGUUGCACAACCGCCAAAAUGACAUUCAGAUCCAGCCACAGCCAGAGGCAGCCAAUCCUCAAUCUGUGGCCCAUUUUAUAAACCUGACCACCUUGGUGAACUCCAUUGCUCCUCUAGGGAACCAGAUAACAGAACAGCAUCCUCUGACAUGGAGGGCAGUGCCUCAAACUGAUGUCUUGCAGCCCCAGGCGCAGCCAACGCAACAGCAGUCAGGACAGCAACAAGUUCAAACAGAGCAACAACAGAUGUAUAGCUACUAAUUUAUACUUGAAAAAGUUUUGAAAUGAACAGUAUUUAGAGACAAAAACACACAAACAUUUCGAAAAUUUCUAAUAGGAUUGUUUGCUGGAUACCAAACAGAGAUGAGAAAAUGUUUAUACAAUGAAAUGUAAGCUACAAUUGGCAUAGCACCCUGCAACACCCUAAUCUUGAGAUUCUUACAUUAUCUCUAGACUUUGCACUGUCUUUAAAGGGAAAAAAAAGGAAAAAAUCUUACCCUAAAUUUAGCACCCCUUUGCACUGUGUAUUUUGUGCAGUAAAAUUGAGAUAUGACAGGAGCGUCACAAAACAUCUUAACCAAAGCAGGGAAACCCUAAAUAAUAUGGCAGUGGUGAUUUACAAAACCCUUUCAGCCGUAACAUGUCACUUCUUUCCGGUCUGGAAAUUAAAUAUGGAGACCUUGUUCACAGUGAGCUGGAAUGCACUCGUGGUCACCUUGUAGAGACUGAAAUGUAAAGACACAAACGGGGAAAACGAUAAUUGUCUUGGUUUUUUCUUCUUUAGGUCUUGUAUCUAACAACCUUGGUAAAGUAGGUGGAGGUUGGGAGUUUGGGGUGGGGUUGAGUGUGGUGUGGAAGAAAAUGUACCCAGUUUCACAAAGUAUUGCGAUUUUUGUGAUGGGAAAAACCCUGUACCCAUAACACAGUGUUAGUACUACUUGAAUAAGAUAGCGGGUCUAAUGCUAAAGCAACUUUAAUGGUCUUCUAGUCAAGUUUGAUUCAGAACAGUUAUAAAGUGGAACUAGAAUGUGAUACAAUUUUAUGUAAUUUUUCAAAACUGCUCUUUCAAUAUUGCUUUUAGCUAAUAGGCCUGAAGCUAUCAGUCCCUUUUGAUCAAGUUCAGGAUGUGAAUUUUUAUCAAUUAGUCUUUCAUUGUGUAAUAAACAUUUGAGAAAGCAUUUUUAUAUAUACAUAUAUAGCCUUUGUAUGUUACUGUGUGUUCCUGGUGAAUAUUUUUGUGAAGAACACUUUUACCAUUUUGAUUCAUUAAUUUUUUCAUCUCCAUACUGCUCUUUCUUGUAGAAAUAGUGUGUGGCUUCUGCUCCUUCUAUUUCUAAAACUCAUAGCCACACACAGACUGUGUGAAAUGCAAGUCAGAGAAAAGAAUGUCUGAGGCAUAUGCUGCCACAUGGAGGCAGUAUGCAUUAGUGCAUAAUGGACAAGGUCUGCAAGAAUGUUGGGAAUAUAAAUAAUGGGUCUGGCAAAAUACAUUAAUGCUGAUAGUAGACUUUCAUUCCAUUCUCCAUGUAUUGAUGUGCAGUCUGGACUCUUGCAUGUCAGGAAGACAGCAUCCUUCCCACAAAGAAAAAGUACCUGAUAUCAAAAAGGAGCAAACUAAAAAAAAAUUUGCUGCCUGGAAUUCUGAAAGGCAAAUCUGCCUUACCAGCAGUGGCUGCAGAACAAGUUCCUUUGGGGCAGCAAGCAGAGCCACAGAACCAAGCUAAAGAUCUUCCCUGAGGAUGAAGCAGCUGCGGUGUUUGACAGUGAAGGUAGAAGGAUGGUUGUGAAAAUCCUUUCUGUGCCUUUCAUAUUAAUGAAGACGUUCUAUUUAUUAGCAGAAAUAUGAUUAGGAAUGCGUUCAGGUUUGAAAGUCUGUGUUAACAUCGUCUACUUGACCCCUAAAGGAUGUCUCAUAACCUCUACAACAAAUCCUUCUAAAGUAUAAAAGUUUAGUAGUUAAAUGUUAUGCUUCUGUGGUUUAGUUGGUGCCACACCAGUGCCCAGGGGUCCACUGUGUUAGGCUCUUUGUAAAGCCUAAUUGCAAAAGGACAUAUACAGGAAAGGGGUUUCCAGUGAUAGAUUUUGUUUCAGAGGAGCAGAACGACUUUUCUAUAAACGUCAGCAACUCCACCAGAUGGCAGGACCUAUAUAUGAAUGGGACAAGGACACAUAUCAGAACGAGAAAACAUCACUUAUCAGUGUGGAAAAAGAAAGAACUCUCUUAUUCCCUAACCCCUUCUGACUUCCCCAGAUUCUUUUCACACAUUAGCAUGAAAGCCUGUUUUUUUUUUUUUUUUUAGCCUCCUCAUAUCCUGAGAAGUAGAGCUUUAUGCCCCUCUGUGACAUAGAUUAUUUCACCAUUGGUUCAGGCCAAAUAAGUUUCUCCUCGACUAUAUGUCCAAGUGCUUUCCCUUCAGGGCAAACGCACUGGUCAAGAGGAAGUUAAAUUUUAUUUAUGAAAUACGUUGUUUAUGUACUUAAAACUUUUGUCACUGCACUCUGCCUAGAUGGUAAAGGUGCAUGUUGUCUUUUGGCAGGGUGAUUUUGAGGAAGAAAAAAAAAAAAAAAGGCAAAUGUAGAGGUCCUAGAUCAAGCUAUUGUGGUCAAUAACAGUUAACAUCUAAAGACUAUAUAUAUUUAUAUACAUACAGGGUUAUAGUGCUGUAGGACUUUCUAGAAGUUCAGUUUCUUGUUCAGACACAUAUGUAAAUGGUGAUUAAAAUCUAAGCUUUUUAAGUGGGGAGGAAGAGAUUUUUUGCCUUAGCUGCAGUGAGUGCGUUUGCUCUACGUUAAUACCACUGAUGAUCUUAAUAGCAUUCAUGAUAUGUUGAAUCAAGCUGAGUCAUUUUAACAUGUAAUUGCAGGAGUAGUUGAUAAUGCAUAUGCCAGUAAUCACUCAUCAUAGAGACUGCUCCAACCGUACAAAACCUCUAUUCUAACAUGUGAUCCUUUGGUUUCUGUACUCUUUUGGACAGCUAGCAUCCCUCCAGCUCUUACUGGCCUGCAUAAUCUCAUCCGGGCUAGUUAGCAUCUUGCUAUUCUGAUAAUGAUUGAUUAUAACUGAUUAAAUCAGGAAUGAUCAGAAAACAAAUGCUUGCAUGUUGGUGACCCCGUACAAAAGAAAUGCCUCUAUUCAGUCUUUCGGUAUUCCCAAAAUCUUAAAUGAUAUUCUGCCUCAUGAGGGAAAAAUAAUAAUCAUUGGAAAGGGCUAUCACUAGCCCUUUAGAUACGUAAGGGAAAAAAAGGAGUAAGGAAAAAAAAAACAGUAAAAAGUUCCUUUUAAAAAAGGAUUUUGACUUUCCCUGCGUUAUAGUAUCUCAUCAUCUCUCAGCCUGAUUUUACUAUUACUACAGUUACGAACAUCCCUAAGAGACAAAACUGCAUCCUGAGUGUGCUGCAACAUGCAAAAUUUCAGAACAAAUCAUGUUUGUGGAGAAGUUGGAAAUGGAUUUCUCUUCGGACGAACCUUACUUUGGAUGACUACUGAAUGCCAGCCAUGCUCCCAACUAAGCCUUUUUCAGAUGAAUACCAAAGUUAUACUGAUGCUGUUUCAAACUGCACAACAAAUAAAAAUAUGUAAGGGAUGUGCAAUCCAAGUUUCCUUUGCCAGUUUUGUUACUAGCCUUCUCAGCUGUAGGAUAUGAAGAUUACUGUUUUCAACCAUGUGUUCAGGAUUUUGCAUUACAACUGUUGAGUAACAAACUGUGGCAUUAUUUUGAGCCAAAGGAGUGAUGUUGUGUGAUGAUCCAUGUAUUGUCAUUGUUUACUGCUAAGACUAUUAUUUAAUUGAAUGCUGUCUGUGGCACAUGGGCUCUAAAGUAAAGGAGCGACAAGGUACAGAA